AUGGGGCGAAGAGCAAAGCAAACACCAGGCGCCGCGGCAGGUGAACUUGUCAACAAGUCAGCCCCAGACGCAAGUCCCUGCCCAGAAGGGACCUCGGGGUCCCGGGGCCGCAGCUGCUGGGAAGGCGAGGCACGGCACCUGCCCAGGCCCGAGGGAGGAGGCGGGGGAGGGGUAGGGGCUGUAGCGGUUCCCACACGCGGACCAGGGACUGGAGGAGGCAACCCGCCUGUCACCCGCCGCCCGCGGAGGGCACAGUUGGCGGCCCCAGGCUGGCGCCCCGACCUCCGCGGCUGCCGGGCGUCUCCCGCUGCAGCCUGCAGCCCGCCCGGCGCGCCCCCGCCCCGACCCCGGACGGCAGGUGUUCCACGUGUCCAUAGCGUUUACGUCACAAUGACCUGGGCGACAGGUGGGAGCCGCAGCGAACGCCCCAGGGUUCCCUCUGCGCUGUGCAUGGUGCGUCCUACUCACUUCCACGCCAAGGUGAAAACUUGGGCGGUGACUCAAACAAUGCAAGUGAAAAGUGGCUUUGAAGACAGUGUCUUAAGGUGAACAAAUAUGUUCUACAAGCAGUAUCAGGUCAGCAUGGCACUGAAAUUCCUUGGGCUCCCAGAGAGUUUAAGGCUUCAAUGAAGAGAGGAGAUUUAUUUUACACCGAAGAGAAAGUUUUCGGUUUGUUGAGCUUCUCAGUGUCGUGGGUUUCUUGUUUAAUUCGAACUGUGAAAAACUUCAACCAUACCCAGAAUAACCAACACAAUAUUUAAGGAGAGAAACAAAGUCAAAGGACUGACACUACCUGACUUCAAGACUUACUGUGUAGCUACAGUAAUCAAGGUAGUGUGAUACUGGCAAAAGAAUAGACAACUGGAACAAUGGAGCAGAAGAGAGAACCCAGAAGUAGAGACAUGCAAAUAUAGUCAUCUAAACUUUGAUAAAGAAAUAAAGGCAAUUCAACGGAGAAAAACAUAGUCUUUUCAACAAAUGCUGUUGGAACAACUGGACAUCUACGUGCCAAAAAAUGCAUCUAGACACAGACCUUUUAUCUUUCACAAACAUUAACUCAAAGUGGAUGAAAAACCCAAAUGUAAAACACAAAACUAUAAACUCUCUAGAAGAUAAUGUAGGAAAAAAUUUAUUUAAACAACCUUAGGUAUGGUGAUGACUUCUUCGAUAAAACACUAAAGGCACAAUCCAUAAAAGAAAAAAAUGGGGUUGUAUGGAAACCAAUUUGACAAUAAAUUUCAUAUAUUAAAAAAAAA